UGUCCUACUGGGGAUGGAGCCCACAAUCUGGGCACAUGCCCUUGACUGGAAUCGAACCUGGGACCCUUCAGUCCACAAGCCAAUGCUCUAUCCACUGAGCAACACCAGCUAGGGUUGAGCUUCAGGUUUUUGCUGGUAGAUUUUUUCUUAGCGACAACACUGAGAAUAGUGGAAUACCUCACUUUCACCACAUCCUUACAUUUUCUCACGCCCUCUGACACUGUGGUCAAGGAAAAAACUGGCCCUGAAGCCACCCCGGUAAGGGUUUGAAACUCCCUGCUCUUAGUCCUCUGAGCCUCCGAGUCCUUGUCUGUAAAAUGGGGAGGCGCCCCUCACAGGGCUGUUAGGAGGAGUCUGUUAUCGUGUGCUCGGAGCUGCCUUGUGGAGUUCUGUCCUCACAGCUGUGCCUUUCUGUCUGCUCGGGCUGCCCGCCUCCCAGGCCCCCGCUCCGCAGUGCCCCCGGGUCUGAGGAGCUGGUCGCAAUGGCCGAGGGGCGGUUUUACCUGUUGGUGCUGGCGCUGUCGUCCCUGGGCUCUGUGUGCGUCCUCUUCACCGUCUACUGGAUGUGGAACUGGCACGGCGGCUUUGCCUGGGAUGGCAGCACCCUCAUGUUCAACUGUCACCCGGUGCUCAUGGUGGCUGGCAUGGUGGUGGUCUACAGCGCUGCGUCGCUGGUGUACCGCCUGCCCCAGUCCUGGGUGGGGCCCAAGCUGCCCUGGAAAGUCGCCCACGCGUCCCUGCACCUGCUGGCCUUCCUCCUGACGGUGCUGGGGCUGGUGGCCGUGUUCAGGUACCACAACAGCAAGCACAUCGCCAACCUGUACUCCCUGCACAGCUGGCUGGGCAUCACCGCCGUCUUCCUCUUCGCCUGCCAGUGGCUCCUGGGCUUUGCGGUCUUCCUGCUGCCCUGGGCGUCCCUCCAGCUGCGCAGUCUCCUCAAGCCUGUCCACGUCUUCUUCGGAGCCUCCAUCCUCGCUCUGGCCAUGGCAUCUGUCAUUUCCGGCAUCAACGAGAAGCUCUUCUUCAGCCUGAAGAACGCCACCAGGCCGUACUCCAGCCUGCCCGGCGAGGCCGUCUUUGCCAACAGCACCGGGAUGCUGGUGGUGGCCUUCGGGCUGCUGGUGCUCUACCUCCUGCAGGCCUCAUCCUGGAAACGCCCGGAAGUGGGGGUCACGACCGAAGGACAGCCCCUGCUGCGUGAAAGGGAGUGAAGCAAGAAGGGACGCAGGAGCGGCCGGUGCGUCUGGACUCCCUCCGAACCUCUGCUCCACCCGGGGCUCCCACCUCGCUGCCCGCGGGCUGUCGCCGCCACGUGCUGCCUAGUCUCUCCUCUGCACUCCUUCCUGGCGUUGGCUUCUGAGGCCCUCCCUUUGCACAGGCCCCCUGCCCGGCCGCUCACACGCCUGCUCCCAGCUGAGCCGAUUCCCUAGACCCUGGAGGUGGGGGGAGGUCCCAUCAGCUCAGAUGGCUGGACUCAAGCGCAUCUGUAACUUGAACGAGGGGUGACCUGCCUGUCCGCUCUCCCGUGGAACGUGUGCAUGGCCUUUAGGCACCCGCCAUGGCUGGCCCCUGGACGUGAGGCUGGGCGGGAGCUCAGAGUGAAGGGAGGCGGGGGGGGGGCAGAGCAGCUCUGCAAGGAAACUGAGGCGCUGCCUGCUCAUGUCUCGAGUCCACUGUGACCGUGUGGCUCCAUCACUUCCUGGUGCUGCUACAGCUGGGACCUGGAUCCUGGCCUGUCCCCGUCAGGCAGCCCAAGGAGCCUGGGAGCCUGCUGCCCCCAGCUGUCCCGGCGGGGAGGCUGGCAGGGCUGCCUUACUCUCCUUCGCCAGGUUGGGGCCACCACGACACGACCGGCGUUGGGGUGCUUUGUCCCAGCAGAGCCGAGGACCACGGCCACCUUCGCCCGUGUUUUCUGCUGGGCAUGAGCCUCCUGCCCCCACAGUGGCUGCUCGCAGGCCGCAGCCCGCCUUGUGCCUCACGCGAGCCGAGCUUCUUCCGAGGGAUUGGGGGGUGGGAGGGGCCUGGCUCCUCUCCUAGGGGCUGGGGCUUUGGCUUUCCCUGCCUCCUCCAAACGAGUCCUGCUGGGUCCCAGGUGCCACAUGCUGUGCACAGACCAGCAGCAUGCUGCCCGGUGCCCGGUGUCCGGGGUGUGCUUCUUCCUCUCUGGCCCGUGGCGAUGAGGCCGACUGGCCACCGACCCCACAGGCCAGAUGCCGCAGGACUCCGCCGGACCCUCUGGUGGCCAAAGGCUCAAAGCCACUGCAGUGACUGCCAGGCAGCUUGUCACGUGACCCUCCUUACCACCAGGGCAGGCAUUUCACCGGUUUGUAAAGCCUGGUUUUCA